AUGAACGUCUUUGGAACGACCGUGGAUCCGGCCACGACUCUCCACGGGGGAGAAUGCGGGAAACGCCUGAUCCCCCAUAUCAUUGACGCCACAGCCCGCGUGACCCCCGACGUCGAGUGUCUUUCUAUACCGCGCACCAACGGCAACCCUCGCGAUGGGUGGAAGCCCGUGAGCUGGGCCCAAGUCGCCAACGCCGUCAACUAUGUCGCCCACCUGCUCGUCAAACAGGCCGGACACCCCGAGCUCGGCACGUUUCUCACCGUCGCCUACAUCGGCCUCGAGGAUCCGCGGUAUCCCAUCUUUGUGGUCGGCGCCAUCAAGGCCGGCUACCAGGCGCUUCUCAUCUCGUCGCGCAACUCCGUCGAGGCACAGCUGAACCUGUUCGAUAAGACGGAUUGCAACUUGCUCUACCAUGAUGUGCAAUACGCGUCAACGGUUCAGCCGUGGGUCGAUGGGCGAUCCGGCAUGGAGGGGGUGACGGCUGCCCCGUGGGAGGAGUGGGUGGCAAAUGUCGCGCCGUUCUCUUACACCAAGACCUUCGCGGAAGCCGAAUGGGACCCGUAUGUGGUGCUGCACACGACUGGCAGCACCGGUCUGCCCAAGCCAGUCGUCAUCCCGCAGGGUAUGCUCGCCUUGAACGACUUGCAUCGGACGAUCCCGCCACGCGACGGCAAUCGGACGUGGUUUCCGACAUGGACCAGCUUUCCCAACCCACGGUACCUCCUCAUCUUCCCUCUGUUCCACACCGCAGGCAUCAUGACCUCAAAGCUGUGUGGCUUCUACUACAACGCCCCCAUCGCCUUCCGCGACCCUUCCGUGCCGAUCACCGGCGACAACGUGGUCGACUGGUUGCAGAACUCGAACCCGGGCUGGACGCUCAUGCCUCCGACCAUCUUGGAGCAGAUGUGGCGUUCGCAGCAGGCCGUGGAUGAGCUGAAAAAACUGCACGCCGUGGGAUUCGGAGGAGGCGCUAUUGCUCCCACCCCGGCAAACGAUCUCCUAAGCCAAGGGAUCCAAAGGGUUAAUGCCAUCGCCACAACCGAGUAUAUCUACUUCCCUUACUACGCGCAACCCGAUGCCUCCCUAUGGCCGUGGUUCAUCGUUCCGACGGAGAUGAUGGGCAUUGAGUGGCGGCCGUUUGGCGAGAACACGUACGAACAGGUCUUCAUCCGCCAGAACAAGGAUCAUCCGGGCCUACAGGGCUGCUUCUACGCGUUCCCCGAGCUGGCCGAGUUCAGCACGAAGGACCUCUACCGGCCGCACCCGACCCUGGCCAACCACUGGACCUACGUGGGCCGCGCCGACGACAUCAUCGUCUUCUCGACCGGCGAGAAACUCAACCCGACGACCAUCGAAGGCGCCGUCAUGGGCCACCCGGGCGUCCUCGGCGCGCAGGUCGUCGGCUCCGGCCACUUCCACGCCGCCCUGCUGAUCGAGCCGGCCCAGCAGCCCCAGAACGAGCCCGACAAGCAGCGCUUCCUCGACGAAAUCUGGCCCAUCAUCGAGAAAGUCAACGUCGAGACCGUCGCCCACAGCCGCAUCCUACGCGAAUACGUCUUCCUAUCGGAUCCAACCCGCCCUUUCCCCCGCGCUGGCAAAGGCACGAUCCAGCGAUGCCAUGACGGAUCUGCCACGGCAGUGGACCUCGACCUCACCUCCAAACCAGCCUUCACAGACAGCAUACGAUCCCUGACGCAGGGCAUCCUCCAGCUCCCAACCCUGAACAUCGACGAGGACUUAUUCGCUGCAGGCGUCGACUCUUUGCAAGUGAUCCAGCUCGCCCGGGUCCUACGCGUCAGUCUCGAGAAAGCCGGCCACGAGACGGCCAUCGAGCCGCGCGUCAUCUACACUCACCCGACAAUCACCCAGCUUGCAGGCUUCGUCUACAACCUCACCUCCUCCAAGCCCAAACCCAACACCCCCUCCUCCACUCCCUCCACCCUCACCAUAUCCCGCUCCCUAAUCGCCAAAUACACCACCAACCUCCCGCCCCCAUCCCCCACUAAACCCUCCCCCCGCACCACCAACCAAACCAUCCUCAUAACCGGCACCACCGGCGACAUCGGCUCCUACCUGCUCGACCUCGCCCUCUCCUCCCCUUCCAUCCACCACAUCAUCUGUCUCAACCGUUCCUCGGACGCGCAGGCGCGCCAAACCGCCGCCAACGCCUCCCGCGGCCUCUCCACCGACUUCUCCCGCACCACCUUCCUAACCGCCAACCUCUCCGCUCCCCUCCUCGGCCUCUCCCCGUCCACCCACCACAUCCUCACCCACUCCGUCGACAGAAUCAUCCACAAUGCCUGGCCCGUCAACUUCAACCUCUCCCUCCCCUCCUUCGAGCCCCACCUCCUUGGAAUCCGACACCUCAUUGACUUCAGCGCCGCCGCCGUCCGCACCGUCUCCAUCGCAUUCGUCUCUAGCGUCAGCACAGUCGACAGCCACGCUUGGCCGACUCCCUCCGUCCCCGUCCCUGAAAAGCCCCUUCCAGACGACUCUCUCUCCGAGCGGGCGAUCGGCUACGCCCAUUCCAAGCUAACAGCUAGCUUGAUCCUCGACGCUGCAGCCGAAGUCUCGGGUAUUCCGCGCCAGAUUAUCCGGGUCGGACAGGAGUGGUUGCCUAGUUUGAUUCGCAGUUCGCUGUUUCUGGGCUUGUUGCCUGAUGGGCUUGGGAGGUUGGGGGCUCUGGGCUGGGCGCCCAUUGAGGAUGUCGCGAGGGUGGUGUUGGAGGUUUCGGGUGUGAGUCUUGCUGAUCAAGAUGCUGCUCCAGAUGCAGACGCAGAUACCGAUGCGAAUGCGAAUGGGCAUGUGCAUAAGCAUGAGAAUGGGCGAGUGAAUGAGGAAGAGAUAACCAUAGCCGGCUACUUCCACGCCCUAAACCCCCACCCAACACACUGGCCAAGUCUAAUCCCCGCUAUUCGGGAAUUCUAUGGCCAGCGGAUCAAGAGGGUUGUUUCCUUGGGGGAGUGGGUUUCUGCGCUCAAGGAGAGCCGGAAUGGUGAUGGUGAUGGUGAUGGUGAGGGUGAUCUUCUGGAGGAAAAUCCGGCCGUCAAGCUGGUGGAUACGUAUCGCUGGGCGGUGGCUGGUGGGGAAGAGGGACUCACUUUUGCGACGAAUCGGACGAGGGUGGUUAGUCCCAAGUUGAGAGAUAUGGCGGGCUGUUGAGCCGGCGUUGAUGAGGCAUUGGUGUGGGCAGUGGGGGUUUUGAGUUGCAGUUCGAGUUCAAGGUCGCCUAGAG